CAGCCACGUGAAGCCUGUCGUGGUGUUGAAUUUAUCCCUACAUUGCCUGAUUCUCCUCCUAUCGUCUGUUAUCGCUAACGCGUGCUUGUGAGGACUGGUUUGGGACAAAGGCGUGGUUCUUUUCACCGCUAGUGUGGACCUGCCGGCGCAGUCAAAGGCAAUCGCAGGGCUGGAAGUCGAAAUCCGGAAGCAGUGUGGUCAAAUCUGAGUCGGAAUGAUGGAUCAGGGGACAGCCGUCCGAGCAGGGGACAAGGACGCUCCCACCCCCAGCGGCAGCCUCGCAGGGAUAUCGGACCCCCAAUUACAAGAAUACCGGGAUGCAUUUAAACUUUUCGACAAGGACGGGGACGGCUCCAUCACCAUUGACGAACUCGGCACAGUCAUGCGCAACCUGGGCCAGUUCCCGUCCGAAGACGAGCUGAAAGAAAUGCUGCACGACAUCGAUACAGACGGAAACGGCACUAUUGACUUCGACGAAUUCGUCGCGAUAAUGUCGAAAAUUGUGAAGGGGGACGAAGGGAUCCCUGAGGACGAGGAGAAGGAGUUACGAGAGGCCUUUAAGCUGUUUGACAAGGCCGGGAACGGCUACAUCAGCGCGUCAGACCUCAGACAGGUGCUCAACUGUCUGGGACAGGAUCUCACCGAGGAAGAAGUGGACGAAAUGAUCAGUGAGGUGGACGUUGAUGGCGAUGGUAGGAUCGACUACGAAGAGUUUGUGGCGGCGAUGUGUGAUAGAACAGCGGAGAAGUGAGGUCAACAAAAGUACAUUUAGCACUAGCAUGAAUACAGAAAAUCAGCACAUAUAUAGAUGUGUAGACGUCAACGAUCGUAUCUAUCUUCUAAUGAUAAUGCUUCAAAGCGGGCUCAAGCGAGGGCUCUAAACUUUUACGAUUUGUUACGACGUUGGUAUAUCAGCAUGGUUGUUGGUUGUAUUUUUUCUGUGUCGAAAGGUAGAUUUCGUAUAUACAAUGUUUGGAUAUGAUACGUGCAUCUGUUUAUGGACAAUAUCACAAUAUAAUGACAUUAAAAUUUGGGAUAUCUCAGCGAUUGAAUUCUUGCUUCUCCAAAGUGUUAUGUUGAAUUAGAUUGAGCCGUCAUAUGCAAGUAAUCACAUUGACGAUAGGAAUGUGUAAACGAAAAAAAACUCGGCUAUUGUUGUAAAAGAAUAUGAAAUAUAUUACUUAUGAUGAGAAAUAAAUGUAACAAAAGUUCAGGCUCUAUUAUCUGCAAAUAUGUUGAUGCUGUUUUUUUUCACAUUUGGAUGCAGUACAGUGUUUUUGCAUAACUCUGUACAUGUACAGAGUUAGCUCGAGUUUUGAUGUCUUAGAAGUGAAUCAGUCUGAAACAAAAGUACAUCGUAUGUAUUAUGCUUCUUGCAAUGUCCAAGGAGGUUUAAAAAUCUCCUUGCAAUAUCUACAUGUAAUUACUUGGCGUUGUGCUACAUUCCACAUUGUGGUGCACUCCUUUGUCCAUACAUUCAGUAAAUAAAUGUAAAAGAACUUU